CAUCAGCUUCGAAUUACACCGGACGCUUGUAUAAAGCCGGUCCUUUUCAACAAAACAGGCAUCCAUUGUGGAAACUGCAUCACAAGGAUAUCAUGCUUGAAUCGCCCAUUUCCCAUGAGAUUAUCCACAUCAGUUACUUGGAGAGGUAGCAUGAGGUUCAGGGUUCGUCUUGGUGCGUUUCUGGUGUCUUUCCUUGUCUUCGCACUCAAUGAAGGACUAUGUGUUGAUUUGCAAGGCCCUGGAGUUAUAACGAGUCAGAGUUCCGACGGAGGCGUUUCUGUUUAUGCUGAAAAGGCGGCAGACGGAAGGAUUGAUACCCUCGCACGUACAGGGUGGAGUGAAAGUGCACGUGUGAACCCAUGGUGGAAAGUGGAUAUGGGAGCCAUCUAUUGCCUGAGAAAAAUUAGUCUUGUUAACAGGAUAUCAUCAGACGUUUCUCUAGCUAGUCGCGUACGGAACAAUGUGAUCCGUGCUGGUUUGAGCUCGCAGCACCUGUUGAACCAAGAGAUAGGGCGUGUCUCGGAGGACCAAGCUAUAAGCGGUGCCGUGCUGGAUUUCCUACCAGACCCCUACGUCACUGCACGAUACGUCAGCGUGGAUAUCCCUGGUAGCGGCGCCGAUACUAUCGUCCAGUUAGUUGAAGUCAUGAUUGAGGAGGUUACCGUGGAUACAAUCCAGACGGACACACCAACAGCUCUUACUCUGACUGGUCUUGCGACCAAUCAGAGUUCAAUUGAUAUGAGCGGUUCGUGGGAGGCCGACAGAGCAAUCGAUGGGUCUUCACAGUACGAUGACACCAGCUGUAGUCGAACAAAUGUUGAGCUGAAUCCGUGGUGGCACAUAGACCUGAACUCCCCUCGCUGUGUUGGUAAAAUCGCCAUUAGGAACAUCGACGACAUUAAACACACCACCAGAUUAGAGUUAGAGGGCGCGGUUGUCCGUGCUGGCCUGGAUGCCACGCCCACAGCAAAUCCGACGUGUGGUUCACCAGUAAGCCAGUAUCAAGCCUUAAUCAAUGAUUGGAUUGAAUUCACCUGCGAUCCCUCUAGACUCGCCCGAUAUGUUAGCGUCGAUGUUCCUACAGAAACAGCUCUGACACUAUGCGAAGUAAUGAUAUGGCCGUGUGAUCUCCCAGAAAUAGCCAUAGCCCUGGCUGACAGGCCGGGUAGUCAAAGCUCUACGAUGAACAGUCAGGGUUCUACCAGAGCUCUUGAUGGUCUACCAGAGGAUCCAUUCUGUAGCCUCACAAAUUACGAAGAGAACCCAUGGUGGACGGUGGACCUAGAGUCAAACAAUUGUCUUGGAAAAAUCCAAGUCAGGAAUACUGGUAGUGCAGAAGAACCCGAUUUGCUAGGUGCUGUUGUACGUGCUGGGCUAAGCGAAGUUCCCACCGAUAACAACAUGUGUGGUAGUCCAGUGACUGGUGGCCAGUCCGUUAAAAACGAUUGGGUGGAGUUUACCUGCGAUCCGCCCGUGCUUGCCCGGUAUGUCAGCGUGGAUAUCCCUGGAAUGGCCAGCCUCAAAGUAUGCGAGGUGGUGGUGGCUACGUGCGACUUCCAGCCAGAGGUGAACAAAUUGGAUUUUACCCUUGUGACCAAUCCUGCACUCGUUGGAAUCACCGAAACUGAGGACGACAAUGCAACCAUGACAGCGUACAAAGGUCCUGGUGACAUCACAGCCAGUGUCUCGUUCGGCCGCCAACUCACAACAGGAGGGAAUAGCGGGGAACUUCCCUCGGGAUCUAUGGUAUCGUCUGAUCCGUCCACAGGAUGUGCAGCUAGAUUGAUCCUGAGAUUACCAGAGGAGGGUGGGAUUGACAGGGCAGGCGUCUUCUACUCUGAGGCGAUCAGCAAUGACAUCACUACUAGGAUACAGACCGUCAUUUUACCUCGAGAAGAUGCCACCCAUCUCAGUCCAGUUGAACGCACUCAGACAGCUAGUAUCGAAGACUCUGUGGUGCUGCAAAUGCGUGACGUCAACUCCCCAAACACCAACUACAGGUGGCGGCGGAAUGGUAGUGACGUCAUCGAAGCUUGGAACGGCCUCCUGAACGUAGCGAUUCCCAAUGUAACCAAGGAGGAUGAAGGAGUCUACAGCUGCUUCGCCUUAGAUCAAGAGGAUGAGCAGCUGCAUGGAAUCAUGAGGCUCAUAGUUAGAGGUUGUUCUGCUGGACAUUGGGACCCGCCAUCAUGUCUGAAAACUUGUCGUCGAUGCUUCAAUGGCGGUGUAUGUGAUGACGAGUCUGGUACGUGUGUGUGCGCUACGGGGUUCAGCGGAGACAACUGCGAGCAAGCCCAUGGCCGUAAUGUCUUUGGUAAGACUGCUGAUCAGAGGUGUUCCAAUAGCACUGAUCCACACCACGAGGCUUGCAGAGGGCGCCUGUUCUGUCUUCCUGAUCCUUAUGGAUGCUCGUGUGCUGCAGGUUACAUGGGACUUGACUGUAUGCAAGAAUGUCUUGAAGGAACAUUUGGUGCCGACUGUAAGCAGACAUGUCACUGUACAUCGGGAGGAACCUGCAAUAAAGAUACUGGAGAAUGCAGCUCGGGUUGCGAGGCGCCAUAUUUCGGAAGUAAUUGUCAGUGUUCGACUCAAAAUAGCGUAGUUGGGUUGGAAGCCACGACGGGCGGUCCUCAUCAGCUGUUCGUUGCCUGGCAACCAGAUGCUUGCUCUUCUGGCUACGAAUUGACGACCACGGAUGACUGUGGAAACAGUGUGUCUCAGGAGCUGCCAAUGGAAACAACUUACCAUUUCAUAACUGACUUAGGGUCCCCACUGAACUACAGAGUUCACAUUCGGCCGUUGUACCCUGGUGAUGUACAGGGACCCGAGAUGGCCUCUCCUCCAUUAACUACAAGAGCGCCGUCUGAGUCCCCAACUGAAGUGAAUUCCAUCUCAGUGACGUCAUCCAGCCUGAGUUUUUCCUGGAGUAAGCCACCUUGUGGAAGCCGAGGUGGUAUCAUCACAGGCUACACGUACAUCCUGACUGAAGUAGGCCCACCAUCUACAGAAGUCGUUCAGUCAGUGACAUCAGAGGAAUCGGUGACCAUCCAGGGUUUAUCCCCGCUCACUGAGUACAGUUUUCAGGUUGCUGCUAGCACCACUGCCGGAGCCGGACCGUACAGUGGAGCUGUUAGAACAACGACUUCGUUAAGCGUGACGGUCUCCCCAACGGAUAGAACGCAGGGUCCUAUAUCGAUGUCCCCAACGGAUAGAACGCUGGGUCCUACAUCGCUGGCGGUUGUUUUGGAAACAGAAAUAGCCACAGUGAUUCUCCUAUCGUUGACAGUAGUCUCCGUUGUGGUUUAGAAAAGGUCCACAGAGAGUAAGGAUAGAGCAUCCUGGGGAGCUGGAUAUCGUGAAGACGUCCUCGCUUCACCAGAACCACCUAAGAUUCCAAGCCCGGACGACUGGAUAUGAAGACUCGGCGCACAAGUACCCCCUCAUUGGGUUGCAAAGAGAGAGUUAUUAAGCGGUACUCGAAUGGAGUUUAAAGUUUAAUGAGAAGAUAAAGGGUUAAACGUUUCAUAGUGGCGACUUGGACAUGUAUUUGGAAUUAUCGCGAUUAAACCAUAGAAUUGUUUUAAUUUCUGCCUCAAAGCCUUGAUUUUCGAGUGGUC